GUGUAAAAAAGGUAGAAGAAGAAGAUGGAGGAACCAAACAAAGUCUUGACCAAAAGCUUGCUAACUUUCAUGUCAGUUAUCUUCUCUGUCUUGGCUCUUUCUUAAAGAAUCUUCUUAUCUUUUCCUUUUCACUUUUCGUCAUCUACCUUAUCACAAUACUCUUUCUCUUCUUCGGUCGCUGAAAAAAGCUUCCGCCAUUAAUGGCUAAUCUAUGGUGCUUACUGUGGGCGACGAUCACCUUUUUCCAACUCUGUAAACCAGCAAUUUCAGAUCGCGAACAAGUCCCAACACCACCUCUGCCUCUCCUUCCACUACCUUCAUUUUCUCAGCUCCAAUGGCAGCAAAGAGAAAUCAUCAUGUUCCUCCAUUUCGGCGUCAACACAUUCACUGACUCCGAGUGGGGAACCGGCCACGAGAGCCCCAGAGUUUUCAACCCCGUUGGACUCAACGCGACUCAAUGGGUUAACUCAGCCGCAGAUGCAGGGGUUUCUCUCCUCAUCCUCACUGCAAAACACCAUGAUGGCUUUUGUCUUUGGCCUUCAAAGUACACAGACCAUUCUGUGAUUGGCAGUCCAUGGAAAAACGGCAAAGGAGAUGUCGUUUUGGAGCUUGUCAAUGCAGCUCGCGCUCAUCCUGGUGUUGAUAUUGGAUUAUAUUUAUCUCCCUGGGAUCGCCAUGAUCGAAGAUACGGAAACAAUCUGCUCUACAACGAAUUCUACCUGGCCCAACUUCAAGAGCUACUCACCAAGUAUGGUGGUGUGAGGGAGAUAUGGUUUGAUGGGGCAAAGGGAAAAAACGCGCCAAACAUGUCGUAUGAGUUUGAGGACUGGUUUUCCAUGGUGAAGGAAUUGCAGAGCUCCAUUAACAUAUUCUCGGAUGCGGGUCCGAAUGUCAGAUGGGUCGGGAAUGAGAGAGGAUUUGCAGGGAGCACGUGCUGGUCCACCAUUAAUCGGACCAUGCUCUCCAUUGGAAAUGCAAGCAUUGUUGACUAUCUGAACACCGGUGAUCCGAAAGGGACUGAUUGGCUACCAGCAGAAUGUGAUGUUUCCAUCAGACCAGGAUGGUUUUGGCACAAGUCCCAAACACCCAAAACCCUAAGCGACUUGCUACAAAUUUACUACAACUCAGUCGGAAGAAAUUGCUUAUUACUGCUCAACGUGCCGCCAAAUUCAACUGGGCUAAUUUCUGAAGUUGACGUUCGAAGACUAGGAGAAUUUAGAGAAGCCAUCGACAAAAUAUUUUCUGUCAAUUUGGCAGAGACCUGUUCGAUUAAAGCUAGUAGUCAGAGAGGGGGAAAGAACGGUGGUUUCGGCCCAGAAAAUGUGGUGGACGGCGACCAUUUAUGGACGUAUUGGGCUCCGAGAGACGAUGAGAAAGGGGGAAAUUGGAUUGAGAUCAGAGGACCAGAUGAAGGGUUGAGAUUUAAUGUGGUCAGGAUUCAAGAAGCGAUCGGACUUGGUCAGAGAAUCCAACGGCACGAGAUUCAUGUAGAUGGUAAGAAGGUUGUGAGUGGAAGUACAGUAGGAUAUAAGAGACUUCAUAGACUCGGAAAGGGAGGAGUAGUUCGUGGUCGUCAUGUGAGAAUUUUAGUUAAGAAAUCAAAAGGGUUGCCUUUAAUUUCUUCUAUUGGCUUGCAUUUUGAUCCUUAUUGGCACCCGAAGGAGCAUUGAAGCUAACACACCCUUUUGUUUGGUAUCUAAGAAUAAAUAAAUUUGGAAAUAAUAAAUUAUUUAAAGUUAAAUUCCACAAAC